UGAUGUUUGUUAAAUAAAUCUUACUUAUUAUAUGUUACCCUAACAUAACAUUAUUAGCACAAUAACAGUAACAGAAUGUAAGGAAUAUAUAUUAUAUUAAACAUAUACGCAUAUGAGAUAUGUGUAUAUAAGGCUGUUUAGAAUUUGUGAGAUGAAUUGUGUGGAAUGCAACUGUGUCUUGUGUGAAUUCUGUGGUACUGUGCUCGGAGCUUAGGGCACUUUAAAAAAAUGAUUGAGUGACAGUUUUAAUGUGAUAUGAACACUUUUAUUUAUUAAAUUCCAUUCAGUGUUACCAAAUUGCUGGCUUUUGAUGGCCUUAUGGUCAAAUUCGAACUCAAGGGCCAUUCAGGGACCCAUAAUACUUACAUAACUCAAAGGAUGAUAAUACAGUUUUUCCUGUGGGCUUCUCAGUUGUUCUAGGCAAUAUCUCGCUCUUGUUUUUGAGUGUCAUUUUAGGCACAGUUUGGCUUUUGUACAUUAUUUUUUAUUUAAAGGUUAGAAACAUUAUCAUUGGGUUGACUGUUACCACUGUCUGUGGAAUUAGUUAUUAACCAUCAGAGUGGGCAUUGUUUAAAUUGUCUUCUUAUAUAUGGUCUACAAGAAUUUGCUGUAAUUAGAGCAUUUCCUGUUAGUAUCUUUUGGGCCAAAUUAGUGAAUAUAACUGCACAUACUUGCAAAACUGAAUGAGCUGGGAAAAAAAUUCUGAAAGCUAAGUGAAUGAAGUAUAUUCAAUCGAGCCUUUUCCAUAAUCAUGGAAAUUAAUCAUGAAGGCAGUUGCUUUAGUAUCAUUAAAAGCAUAAAGUAUAUUAGUAAAUUUCAGUAUCAUUUGGUGAUUAUUGUGUCAAACUUUUGCAUGUUUCCUGAUCAUUUCCUUGUUUUAUCCUAAAACACAACUGAAAACAUAAUAUAGCAGGUCCAGUUGCUUGUGAUUACAAAGAAUAUUUCAUAUAAAUUGUUCUUGGAUUCUUCAAAACACCAUUCAUCUCUAUUUUGCACAAAUAAUUGACAAUUUCAUGUAAUGAGAUUGGAAGGCUACUGGAAUCCAGAAUAUACAGCUGUUGAGAAUUCACAGGAAUCAAAUGGAUUUGUUUCUAUGCGAAGCAAUGUAAGGACUAGCAGAAGUGAGCAGAAAUGUAUUAAGAUCAUCCAUUGAUACUUAUACUUCAACAAAAGUGCUUGGUGAUUAGAAAUAUGGCUUUGAAGUUGAAAUUGGACAACCUGGUUUUUAAGUCCUUCUCUGUCACAUACUUUCCAUAUGGCCUGAAUUACUUAACCUUUCUACACCUUAGUCUCUGCAUAUGUAAAUUGAGGAUAGUCAUGAAACUAACCUAGGCUGUUGUGAGGUUUAAGUGAGAUUAUGGAUGUUAAAUGCCCAGCACAGUGUCUGUCACAUAAUAACCUCUCAAUAAACAGUUUAUAAAAUAUCCACAAGCAAGGAGUUGUUACAAACCAAUCUUGUGUCAUCUGUUAAAACAAUCGUAUUGCUGCAAAAGCAGCUAAAAUAUAAUCUUGACUUUGUCAGCAACUGUAGGCGGGUUUAAGUGAGUAAAAUGACUCAUAUGUUUGUCUUGGUUCUAAAUAUCUGUCGUUGGCAACUUUGUUAUUCAACCCUGCCCCCAAAUGUGGGAUUGCACUCAUAUGCAACAGCUAGUAAUUACGUCUCUCUUCAGUAGUAAUGGUAUUUAAAAAUUGUUACAUCACUUCAUAUCCUUUUAAGCUGUGAAUCAUCUUACACAUAAAUGUAGGACUUACUAGUCUGAUUUGGGGGGUUCCAGGGAGUCACUAAGUGAUACUGUUUCUUUUCCUUGAGAAGUAGGGCACAGGAGACUGCCAGAUGGAGAUCAAAUUGUCUCCUCUGUUGGCUGAUUAGAGGACAUGACAUCAGAUCUGGAGUAAAAAGCACUUAUUAGCCGGUUUGACUUAGACCUGCCCACUGGGUGACUGACACUGCCAACAACCCUGGGCCCCUCCUAAGGGCGGGCACCUUCCUGCAUGGAGAGCCCAUAGAGAAACCAGACCAGGGGACACUCAGGGAUAGAAGGAUGCACCCAGGGAUGGGCUGAGAGAGAGCAGGAGGUGAGCCUGUCUUGCCCAGGUGCUUCUUUCAGACCAUUGACCCCACAUGUCCUUCUGCUCCUUGGAGAGGAGAGUGUGAGAGUUCAGGAGUGCUGCCCUCACUGCAUUUCCUCCAUGUGACUUGAAGCAUGAUGGAAGCACACCCAGCCACAUGAGCAGAGCCUUUCCAUAACGAAAGGGGGCCUGUGCAGCUUUGCAAGUAGAAGGAGAGAUGAAGAGCAGAGAGAAGAGAGGGGCGGAGCACAACCACAGCAGACAGGUCGCUUGCCUUCAUCUUCCCGGUGCCCCUACGUUAUUUAAAAUGCAGGUGAAGGACUUUUUGAUAACUAGAAGUACAAAUUUAGAUGACUAGAUUGUGACUUCUUAUGUCUGAAUUUUAGUCUUCAUAAAAAUUUAAAUGCUAUCUUGAAGUAAAAUACAUUGAAUAAAUAUAUAAGAGAAAGCUAAGAAUCUUCAGCAAAAGUAUACUUUUUUGUAGUGAAGGUAUUUAUGGAAAUUAGCUUGUGAGUCUGAUUUUCAGCAUUCACUGAUACAUUAAUUUUUUUAAUUGAUUGGAUAAUUCACUUAGUAGUUAAUUUUUAGUAAUUUUUUAUGCUUUUCAAGAAAUAUUUAAUGAGCAUCUACCAUGGGCUAGGCACUGAUAGAUACUAGAGAUAUCAGGAUGGAUGAGAAACUGUCCUCUUUUCAUGGAGAUCAGAGUUCAGUAGAAGAGGCAUGUAAUACAUAUAUUUAGUAAAGUAUUACAGGUAACAGAUGUGGAAAUACAGUAGGUCAGAAGCAGCAGUGGCCAGUUCUGCCUUGCUGGCAAUGGGCAGUGGUAAAGCGGAGCAUAUGCAAACAACCUACAAUUCUAUUUUUGAUUUAAUUUGAGGAAAAAUUAUCUUGGUUAUAAUGAAUUCUUGUCAGCAGUUGUUUCUAGGACUUUAAAAAUUAUUUUGUUUCUGAUCUCUCCAGAUAUUAGGAACCAAGUAAUGGAAGCCUACCCAGGACUUGAUUCAGACCAGGAUGUAGCACUCAAACUUGCCCAGGAGCGAGCUGAAAUAGUUGCUAAAUAUGACAGAGGACGAGAAGGUGCAGAGAUUGAACCUUGGGAAGAUGCUGAUUACCUUGUAUACAAAGUCACAGAUAGAUUUGGCUUUUUACAUGAGGAGGAGCUCCCAGAUCAUAAUGCAGCUGUGGAACGGCAAAAGCACCUGGAAAUUGAAAGAACUACCAAAUGGCUGAAAAUGCUCAAAGGAUGGGAAAAAUACAAGAACACUGAAAAGUUUCAUAGGCGAAUUUACAAAGGAAUCCCACUCCAGCUCAGAGGUGAAGUCUGGGCCCUCCUUCUUGAGAUCCCUAAAAUGAAAGAAGAAACAAGAGACCUGUACAGUAAAUUAAAACACAGAGCACGGGGCUGUUCACCUGACAUCAGACAAAUAGACCUGGAUGUCAACCGCACAUUUCGGGACCACAUUAUGUUUAGAGACAGAUACGGUGUUAAGCAACAAUCCUUAUUCCAUGUUCUUGCUGCAUAUUCUAUUUAUAAUACGGAAGUCGGGUACUGUCAGGGGAUGAGCCAGAUCACAGCUUUACUCCUUAUGUACAUGAACGAGGAAGAUGCCUUCUGGGCCCUGGUCAAACUCUUCUCAGGCCCUAAACAUGCCAUGCAUGGCUUUUUUGUCCAAGGUUUCCCUAAACUCUUGAGGUUUCAAGAACAUCAUGAAAAAAUACUGAAUAAAUUUCUGUCCAAGCUUAAGCAACACUUGGAUUCUCAAGAAAUCUACACAAGUUUUUACACAAUGAAAUGGUUUUUUCAGUGUUUCCUUGAUCGUACUCCCUUUACACUAAACCUCAGAAUAUGGGAUAUCUACAUCUUUGAAGGAGAACGAGUUCUUACUGCUAUGUCUUACACAAUCUUAAAAUUACACAAAAAACAUCUAAUGAAAUUGUCCAUGGAAGAACUUGUAGAAUUUCUUCAGGAGACCUUGGCAAAGGAUUUUUUCUUUGAAGAUGAUUUUGUUAUAGAGCAACUUCAGAUUUCUAUGGCAGAACUAAAGCGGGCAAAGUUAGACCUUCCAGAACCUGGUAAAGAGGAUGAAUAUCCAAAGAAGCCCUUAGGCCAGCUUCCGCCUGAGCUGCAGUCUGGGGGUGUCCAUCACCUGAGCAACGGACAGAGGAGCGUGGGCCGGCCGAGCCCGCAGACCGGCGGCAGGAGGGAGAGCGGGGCGCCCCACAAGAGGCACGAGCAGUCCCCGCACCCCCAGAGCAGGACCGGGACGCCGGAGAGAGCACGGCCGCCAAGACGGAAAUCGGUGGAGGAGGAGAGCAAAAAGCUUAAAGAUGAGGCAGAUUUUCAAAGAAAACUCCCAUCGGGUCCACAGGACAGUUCCAGGCAGUAUAAUCACGCAGCUGCCAACCAAAAUAGCAACGCCACUUCGAACAUCAGGAAGGAAUUUGUGCCCAAAUGGAAUAAACCGUCAGACAUCUCGGCUACGGAGAGAACUGCCAAAUACGCCGUGGAAGGCAAAGGUCGAGCCGCGCACCCCACACACGCGGUUACCGCCCCAGGCCCUGCCGAGGCGCGUGUGUCAAAUGCACGGCCAAAGAUGAAGGCUCUGGAUGCGGAGGACGGGAAGAGGGGCUCCACCGCGUCACAGUACGACAAUGUGCCAGGCCCAGAGCCGGACAGCAGUGCUUCCGUGGAGGAGGUGCUGGAAAGGGCUUACUCUCAGAGCCCACGGCAUGCGGCUUACCCUCCCAGUCCGAGAAAGCACGCUGAGCCAAGCUCUAGUCCAUCAAAAGUGCCCAACAAGUUUACUUUUAAAGUACAGCCUCCAAGUCAUACACGAUAUCCGUCCCAGCUAGACGGAGAAGCCCGAGGGCCAGCUCAUCCCCCCUCUUACAGCAGUCCCCCUGUUUACCACGGAAACUCUCCCAAACACUUCCCUCCUGCCAACAGCAGCUUUGCUUCUCCACAGUUUAGUCCUGGCACGCAAAUGAAUCUUUCCAGGAGACCUCAUGGUUCUACCCUUUCCAUCAGUGCUACUCCAGAGAAAUCUUACAGCCGUCCAAGCCCCCUUGUACUGCCAUCUAGUCGAAUAGAAGUCCUCCCUGUUGAUACUGGUGCUGGGGGGUUUUUGGGCAAUUCAGGGUCACCAAAGAAUGGAAGAUUUAUCAUUCCGCCAGUGGAUUAUUUGCCAGACCACAGAACAUGGUCAGAAGUUAGUUUUACAUACAGACCUGAAACGCAUGCACAAUCAUGGACCCGAGAUGCUAGCCGUGGCAAUUUACCAAACUACGCAGCCUUUCAACACGCACCCUUUCAGGACCAUGGCCUCCCAGCCGUAUCUGUAGAUAGUCCCGUGCGGUAUAAAGCUUCACCGGCCGCAGAAGAUGCCAGUCCAUCUAGGUAUCUGUAUUCAGGGCCCCAGCCUCCAGCCUACCACUACAGGAAUCGGGAAGGGCUUUCCAUGCAAGAAUCAGUGUUGCUGUGA